GGAAACAGUUGUGGAAGACUCGGGAGAAGCUGCGCUCUCUUUAUUCUCCCCUCCCUCCUUUUUAAGCGGGAGCACGAACGGAAGAGCAAAACUCAUGCGGCACUGAGAAACAGACGCUAGCGGAAGUACCCGAGGGUCUCCGGAAAAUUCCGAAGGCGCAGGGUUCGGCCUUCCCCGAGGCUUUCCGGAAAAACCCGAAGGCACGGGAGGGGGGGGUGGCCUCUCCCGAGCGUUCCUAGGAAGGCUCUCCGAAUAAAAGAAAAGCGAGCGAGGCUUUGUCCUAGAGAGGUUAAGGAGGCCGCCGAGCGUAUUUCGAAAGCGUCUUCCGGAGAUAGCCGAGCGUUUCCGUUAACACCCGAAGCUGCCGCCGGAAGUUGCCGAACUCAAGGGAAGGCGCUCCUGCGGCCUAGUGCGUGAGGAGGAGCUGGAGAGCGAGAGCUACUAGAGCAGCUGCGAGGCCGCGUUCAGGCCGCCCUCCUCCGUCCCGUCUCCGUUAACCAUGUCCGACUUCGACGAGUUCGAGCGGCAGCUCAACGAAAACAAACAAGGUGAGCGGACAAAGGGGCGGGCGGGCCGAGAGGGGGUGGGGGAGAGAAAGCGAGCGAGGGAGGCGGCCCUCUUCGACAUUGAUGGCUCUCUCGCGCUCGCCACACGCUUUUCACGACGGGCCCUGAGCUGCCCUGGAACGGGGGGGGGGGGCGGGGGGCGGCUAAAUGGCCCUCCCCUCAGCGGCGGGGACCCGAGUUAGGCCGAAGAGCGCGGCGACGGGGGGAGGGGCGGCCGGCCGGCCGGCUCUCGCGUGUCCGGCCGCUUCCUUCCCCCUCUCGUUUUAUUUGGCGGGAGUUUGAUCGUGGCGGUAACGGCCGCUGGGGAAGCGGGGGAGGGAAGAGAGACGAGGAGAACCGUUGGUGGCCCUUCGCGCGCGCCCUUAACGGAGUGGCGCGUGGCGGGGCUCUGGAAUGCGGGGAGGGCCCUUUCCCUCUCGGGCCACUUUUUGCCCAAUGAGGCGGACUCUUGAGAGCGAAGGGACCCGGAGUCCGUUUUGUUCACUCUCUUGGGGAAAGAGGGAGGCUGCCUAGUUAUUAUUACCCCCCCCUCAAAACAACAACUUUCCUCGCUUAGUUGCCUCCUGCAAAGAAAGCGCACGAUGCAGCCUUUACGCCGCGUGGAGCAAAGCAUACCGGUGCUUGCAUGAGUCCCCGACUUCGCAGGAUGAUGGAAGAAAGGAGGGCCAAGUAAAUAAGUAACUGGUUCUCCCGCCCACUCCCAGUGCAGGAUUUGCGUUAGGGAAGGUGGGUUGUAAACUUGAGAAAUGGGAGGGGAAUGUUUGUUCAUCUCGGUAAGUAUUCCUCCGUGCUGAGAGGCAGAGGUUGCGUAGGAUUUCGGAAAGGAGGCUUUUCCAACCCUACUUGGGACCUAUUUGCAUGUAUAGCGUGCUGUGUACCACUGAGCAACACCCUUCUUCCCUUCCUCUCAAAACUCUCACGUUUGUGGGUUUUCUUACUAUUUUUAUCUCAUCCUUUAGGGAGCUGAAAGUAACAUAUGGCGAUACCCACACACCCCUUUUGCCCUCACAACAAUCCAGGGAUGGGUAGAUGAGGCUGAGAUGGUGACUGGCCCAAGAUUAUGCUGUGAGCUUCUUCACUGAGUGGGGAUUUGAAGCCGGAUCUCACCAUUCUGAUGUUAGCAACUAUGCAACUUUGGCUCUCACAUCUCUUGUCUCUCUUCCCACCUCUUCUCACUUAUUUAUCCUGGCCUUCCAUAAAUCCCAUGAACUUUCCUCACAACCAUGAGGUAGUCUGUGCUUAGAGUGAAUGACUUGCCCAAGGAUCCAAUCUCCAGUAGUCCUCAUCCAGAGCUGCCCACUACACCACACUGGCUGAACCACAUUAUUUCUUUUCCCUAUAUCAUAGUAUCAUAGUUGGAAGGGACCCUGAGGAUCAUCUAGUCCAGCCGCCUGAAUAUGAAGCUGUCCCUUACAGGGAAUAUGCAGCUGUCCCUUACAGGGAUUAAACUUGCAACCAUGAUGUUAUCAGCACCACACUCUAGCCAGCUGGGCUAUCCAGCUUUUCCUCGGUCCACUAUUUUUUUUGGGGGGGGGGGGGGAGUCCAGAUUUACAUACAACUCAAUCAACAUACAUUAAUUAGAUUUUUUCCCUGUCAGUACUUAUGUUAAAUUCACUCGGCCUGAGGAGCACCACUUUACACACACACUCAACUUGCCAGCAUAAUGGAAAACUACUGUGUCAGAGGAGCUUGCUGGCAUUCUCCUUGGAGUGGAUCUCUUUUAAAACAAGCUGCUUAGCAUGGACACUGAGUAAAGUAUUGUCUUUCCUUCUUGGGCUAAUUUUUCAACCACCUGCAAAAUACAUUAACCCAUUUCUCUUCGUUCGGCUCUUUUCUCCACCUUUUUACAAAUCUUAGCUAAUUAGAAAGGCCACAUCACUCUCACUUACCUGAGGGUAUGAAUACCUAUGAAUCAGUAUCUUAGGCACAAGUCCACUACAGUGUUACCUCUGAAGCGAACGCAACCCACGUGUGUGCGGGUCGCGAUUCGCCGCUUCCGCACAUGCGCGUGACGUCAUUUUGAGUGUCUGUCCAUGCGUGAGCGGCGAAACCCAGAAGUAAUGGGCUCCGUUACUUCCGGGUUGCCGCAGAGCACAACCCGAAAAGGCUCAAGCGACUUCAAUCCGAGGUAUGACUGUACUCCAUAUUGGAUCCCCAAUAGAGAUACAUGUUGGCUCCUUUCUCGGUAGCAUUACUAUACUCUUGCAUAUUUUUGGUGGUGCUUCCUGCGGUGCACUGGGACAAAUACAACACAAAAUGAUUCCCUUAGGGCAGGCAUGGCCAAACUUGGCCCUACAGAAGUUUUGGGACUACAACUCCCAUCAUCCCUAGCUAACAGGAUCAGUGGUCAGGGAUGAUGGGAAUUGUAGUCCCAAAACAUCUGGAGGGCCGAGUUUGGCCAUGCCUGCCUUAGGGCAAGGCACUCCCAGUGGUCCUAGACUGCUUACCCAGGGGUCAGGGAAGAUGGGAGUAGCAGUCCAGCAACAUCUGAAGGACCACAGGCUGCUCCUUGCUUUAGGCAGCAAUCCCACAGUAUUUAUUUCAUAGCCAAUUGUUCACAUGAAUACAGACAGAAUGCAACCUUGAAAUGCAACUGCAAAAAUUGCCUGUCUGCAUGGAAAAAGAAAAUGCAAGCUACCAACAUUUAUAAGGCAUCUCUCCCUAAUUAAUUGAGGGCUGUUUUGUUUGCCCCAGGUGAUCAGACUAGUUGCUAUUUGCAGGCGUGGCAUAAGGUGGACCUUUUUAAUAGGGCAUGCCUUACUAUCAUACUAAUCACGGAAUCUUUAGUAGAGACGUGUGCACUCUGGAAAUUUCCUAGGAUCUGAUUUGUCCAGACUCUUCUAAUGGGCUGUAUGUGAUAAUGUCACAUUCUGAUUCUGAAAAAGGGCAUGCAAGCGCCAACUCACCCUGCCUAGUAUAAUAGGCAUUUGGGUGUAAGCAGUAGCUGAUCACUGCUAUCUGUGGCAAACUGUAUAAGCAACUGUUGUAUGUACAAAUACCAGUUAUGCAUACCAGUUAUGUCCACAAAUUCCCUUGUAGUGGCAAGUGUUCCGCCUGCCCUCUGACAUACCCCAAGCAGCUGCAGAGUGGGGGUGGGGAUUUUCCUGGCAGUUGUUCUUCUGCUGGGGCAAUCCCUGCUCAGCCCCAAGGUGGGGCUGCACUUCUUUACUACUUCAAAAUAACAAGCCCUUGUCAUCUUUUCCAAAUUCAGCCUUGGAACAGACAGUUGUCAUUGACUUCACAAGGUCAAAGACCAAGAUCUUGACCCUUGAGGGAGGGAUAGGCUCCUAGUAACCACAAACUUUAGUUGGCUAUCAAUGUCAGUCAAUAUGGGCCUCUGGUAGUGGUUCCCAGUGGUGAGAUGGACCUCCCUUGGGUGCAUAAAUUUCCAUCAAGGGAAUUGACCCCUGAGGUAGGUAGUGUCUACACCAGCUGGCAAGACCUGGGUAGGUUGAAUGCCAUCUGACAGCGUCCUUACUACUCAAUUAUCUCAGUUGGAUUUGUGAAGUAGGAAUUCAAAAUUGCUGCUUGUGUGCGACUCCAGGAAAUGAUCAGAGAUCCUGUUCUAUUCCUUUUCUAAGGCUAGUGCACGGUUACUAUUCAAAUCUGCAGACACACACAAUAAUAGGCUAUUUGCCUUUGACAAUGUGAAAGGAUCUUCACAGUUUCAUCUAACAAUAUAUUUUUGAUGCACUUGGAUCCCAGAAGAUUGCAUUCAUUUAGCAGGCAUGAGGGGAAGCAUUCAAAAAGUUUUUUAAAAGUAUGAAAUGGUCUUACUUGUAUUUUGCCUUGGAUCUAGAAUCCCUAGCAAAGACUGUGGGGCAGAAUGUAGGAGUGACAGGGCCUCAAAGGAAAGUUUUCGGCCAUUUAGUGCUACAUUUUGCACUAAAACUGCCCAAGGCAGGAAUGGAUUCCUGUGUAAAACAAAGUUUAGUGAUUUGGAUUGAUAGCCUGUGGUAAUAGGAGAAAACAGGGUCUUCUCCUUGGAACUUCAAAAAUAAGUGUUGGUACCACAUCACUGUUUUGUUUGUUUUGCUUCCUUGCACAGAAAAUAAACCAGAAGCACUACAGAUUUCACCUAUAUUGACCUCUGCUUUGCAUUGGUUCUCCCAAGCCAGACCCAAACAUUCCUGUUACCAGAGAGCCUUAACACCCCCAUGCCUUGCAUGAUACAGCAACAGAUGUGCCAUUACAAAUACUGCUUUGUGCUGGUCAUUGUACAACAUUGCUUUGUAUUGUUCCUUUCCAGCACAGCUGCAUGAGUUGUCUCUAGUGUCCAAAACAGUUCUUCUUUAUGUCACAAUUUGAAUUCUGCUGCUUGAUGUUGGUGUGUUAAUUCUGACUUGCUUCACUCCAAAUAAAAAGAAGCAGUGGUUCCUGAAAAGAAGCAUCCUAUUUGUAGGAGUCAGUCUUGUGCAGAACCAAGAAAAUGUUUUUAUUUCUAGGAGACAAUAGAAGCUGAGGUAGCCAGGCAUUUUAUUUGUGGCACUUCAUAAUGCUGCUCACCUUUCCCUGUUGUACAGCAUUAAAAGAGGGCAGGGGUAUAAAUUUAUGGGGCAUAAGAAGAAACCCAGAUUCUGCAGUUGACAUGAUUUAUUUCACUUGUAAUAAAAUAUGUAAAAUUAUGAGCUGCUUCAAGUACUGAAGGCAAUGACUAGAACAUUCAGAAGGCAUUCUAGAGGAGGAGCUGCUGUGGAGAGCAGUAAUCAAGACAGGCAUCUGGCUCAAAUAUUUCGUUUUUCAGUUUUUAGCUAAAUGAUAGAUGAUGGCUGCAGCUUCUUUAUCUGCUGUUUUUAAAAAAUGGAAAGCAGAGAUACUUGGAAUAUAAACAGCAAAAACAGCACCUUACAGCAUUUUCUUCCUAGUGUAUCCUUUUCAAUCAUCCAGUUCUUCCUUAGACGAGUUUGCAGCCUCUGAUUUCAUGCAUUUCCUUUAAGAGACCCAUCAAUAACAGUUCUAACUUCCCAAAGAUUGAGCCGUGUUAAUUCCUUGAGCAUCAGGAUUUUUCUUUCCUCAAAAAGAGCUCCAGCUUGCUAGAUUUGGUAAAAGCUGAUCUUGAGAUAAUCACACCUUGCUAAAAUUUUUGUCAUGAAUGUUAGCAACGAGAAACUAGAAAGAACCUCCUAUCCUGCCUCUUUAUAGCUUCUCGCUGACCCCUUUUUCCAAGGGCAGUUAUUGCCCAUUGUCAUCUACAAGUGUGGCCAAUUUAAUUAUGGCCUUUUAUAGAGAAUGGUAGGUGCUGAACUUGAUUUAGGGCAGACAUGACCCUCUAGAUGUUAAAUUCCAACUCACAUCUGCCCUAAUCAUCAUGAGCAAUGGCCAGAGAUGAUGGACUUGUAGUCUGGCAGCAUUUGAAGGACCACAGCUUAUCAACUCCUGAUUGAGGAGAUGUACAGGCACAAAAUAUCAUAUCCCAAAUCCUUGUUAAGCAUAGGCACAACCUAUCUACAAAAACACACAGCCUAACCAGCCUGUCAAGUUUAUUCUUGGCACAUGAGGGCUUUCUGACCCUUCUCAUUAGCAGCCGCCACUAUUAUACUGGAUAAAUACCUGUUCAUGAGAUGAUCCAUUGCCAUACAGCAUUUGUGAGUUUGGUAAUUUGCAACCAGACAAGACUCAGGCUAAGAAAUGGGUCUAUCAAGUUGAAGCAGUGGCUGUUGAGAGUAACCUGGGGAAAUGCAGCCUUGGUUUCUACAUACCACACCUUUCCAAUUUUAUGAGUAUAUUUGAGUUGAUUUUCCUAGGGGGAGUGAUAAGAGUUUGUGAUAACCAGAAGUGUGACCUCCAUUCCUAUGUUGCAACCAUUGGCAUAUCAAGCUCUUCUCUCGUCUUUAGAACGCGACAAAGAGAAUCGUCACCGGAAACGCAGCCACAGUCGCUCACGGAGUCGUGACAGGAAACGCCGCAGUCGCAGCCGUGACAGGCGCAACAGGGAUCAGCGCAGUGUUUCAAGGGAUCGCAGGAGACGCAGGUAUGGGUUGCAGAAUGAAGAGCUUGGGUUUUCCUUGGGUUUCCACUUUUUGGGGUCCAGCAAUAUGCUCAAGCCCUGGACAAAACCUUAGAUGCAUAAGAUUCAUUGGGGCAAACUUAGUCCUGCCUCAUUCAUUUUCUGUUAUCCAUGAAGAAGUUGUUCUUAACUGAGCAGACCUGUCUUAAGAGGCUCUCUCAUCCUUAUGCUGACUUUUUGCUGAAAGAAGCUCUUUGCAAACAUCAAGGAGCUUUUUAACCCUUGUAUUCAAAGCUUCCAAAUACCAUCUCUGUUUUUUUGAGAUGCUCAUUAUUUAUAAAGUGCCUGAUUAGGAUCUGUACAUAAAAAUAAACUGCCUCUGCAUGGAGACCUACGAUUUAAUUUCAGUUGUAUGUACUUCAAAAUCACGAUUUGAAGCAUGUUAGUAGAAGAACAAGAUGGUGGGAAUUCAUAUGGGAAAGAAAGCUUAAGGGCUCUUUCUGGUAUAGAAGCACUUGGGAUUGAUUGAUUUUUAGAAACAAAGGCAGUGUGAAUUAGCAAAUGGCAGAAACUUAGAUGAUUAUAAUGUAUGUCCAGCAAGGGUGAAAUUGAAAUUCAGUUCAAGGGAAAUGGCAAUUCUUCUCAAAGUAAAUUGGUUGAAUUGUAUGUACCAUUUCCUAGGAAAGCCUUAUGCUUAAGUGCCGCUGAAAUGAAAAGAAGCUGUGCUAUAGCUACAUAGGAGCACACAAGACUAGUAGAGGCGAUGUACCCAAUUAAUCAUUCUUCGUGUGCGUUGUAGUUUUCACAUCUGUUCUGCUUUGGGGGUUGGGGCAGGAUUACAGAAUUUGGCAAACUGUUGAGGAGCAAGAAAGAAGGGAAGGUUGCACUCUUGGCUGCAUAUGAGAGCGGUAGUGAAGCACUUUGGGGCACAAAAGCAGAUUCAUACGGUUUCAGCUUCUGAAACAGUCUCUGUGUGUGCAUGCGCAUGCACACACAGUUCUUAGUGACUGAGAUUGGAAAGCACCAUAACUGCUCUACAGAUAAAAUUGCUGUCUUGGUUCUGUUGCUUAUUUGAUGCUGAAAUUUAUUUGGUUUUUUUUUUUAAGCGUUUAUUAAUUUUCCAAUAAAAACAUCCAAUUAACAUAUCAAAUCCAAUCCAAUAAAAAUAAAAAACUAAAAUAAAAAAGGUCCAGUUAUCUUCCAAAUUGUAAUAAUUUUGUUUUGACUUCCCAUGGUCUGAAUUUCGAAGCGCAUUCAACAUCAUAGUCCUGCCUCUCAUCAUCCUCAAUGUUAUUCAUAAUUCCAUGUCCGAUUUUUCCCUUCCACAUUUUGACUCUGGUUCUACGAUCCUCACUCAUGUCAGAAAACCGAUACUUUUUUUUUUCUAUGGAGUGCAGAUUGGUCCGUAUAUUGUAGUCCUUGAGCUGUUUUUUUCAUCGCACCGCUUCAUUUAAUUGCAUCCAAUUUCAAAGUUCUGUCCAGCUCUUUGAGAGUUGUUAUUUUGGCAGCUCCCAGAUCGUUAAUCUUUCCCGUCCAGGUGUUAUCAAAGAAACAGAGAGAAAUUUCCUUCUGUACCCUCCUUGUUGAUUUAUCUUAAACAGACUGUUUGCAAUGUAGCCAUAUAUCAGACAGUUAGCAAUUGGCCUUUGGAAUCUUCCCAGUCCCCCCUCCAGGCCCUAGAGGGGGGCUGCCAGACAUCUAUUUAGCCCUCUCGCUCGUAAUCAAAAAAACAUCUUUUUGCAAACAGUUGUAUAUGUAAUAUUGUUUCCAGUCUUUAUAACCAACCAUCCAUUAGCUCCUGUUUCUCUUAAUCAGGGAAGUAUUUCAGAUAUUCAAUAACGACGUGGUGGGAGACGCCAUUUUGUCCUUUGUCCUUUGUUUUCGUCUUUAACAGACAUUUCCGGUCUUAGAAGAGAAGUAGAUCCCAAUUAUAUAUGAAAGUCCAUCUGAACUCACUUUUUGAAGAGCAAUUUAAGUUCUUAAUGAGACUUAAUGGCAUGCAUUACGGAUUGUUGAUGUUAAGGAUAAAAGAAUGGUUUUUUUUACAUACCAAGCUCCUCCACAUUCCAAACGUCAUGAUGAGGAUCUCUUUGAAGUUCGAUCUUUUGCACCAGAGACUGUACAUACUGCAGGUUUUUUCCAGCUUCUUCAAUUCAGAGCGUGUCUGUUUGUUUUCCAAAUCUUUAUAUUUUCCCAAACAGAUGCGUCCGGCUAUGGGGUGGCGUCGCAGGAGUGUCAGCCGUCCCUAGCUCCGUGACCCAGUGCCCCUGCCGUCUGCCACAUUGGCAAUCUGGGGCAGACCGCGGGUCGUUGAGACAGUCCUCCCCUGCCCUGGGGAGGCUGCCAGGGCUAAUUACCCCCAUAUCAGCCCUGAAUUAUCGGAACGGCUGAAGUCCGAUUGUGUGGGAUCAGCCAUUUUCCACCGCCGGAAAUAGUGGAAAUUUGAAAUUUGUUAAUCAGGUUGAAUACAAUUUAAAUACAUAUACUCUGAUUUUUUAAAAAGGGGGUUGUAUCUGUUUUAGGUUUUUUGUCAUUGCUUGCCAGUAGCUUUGAUUCUCCUUGGAGCAAUGGACAGGACAGAAAUCUUUAAAUUAAAUAAUAUUCUCAUCUCCUGCUAGUCAGCACACUUCCAUUUUCUUGGCUCAGAUGAGUGUUGCAGCCCUAUCACCACUGUCUGCCUUUGCUCUAUGUGCAUGUAAUGCAACUAUGAAAGUCAGAGAACUGCUUGAUUAACGUCUUUGAAGAGCUCAGCAUCUUGUUCACAGAUGCUAAUAAAGCACUGGUUUAUUUCUGCUGUCUAACAUCCUCUCUAGACAGAUGCACUGUCUAGUAUAAGUUUGACUAUUCUCUCUCUCCCUUUUUCUUAAUGAAGUUACAAAAUUAUCCAUGGCUGCGUUAAUAGAUCAGUGGUGGUCUCUGCAGAUCCCUCUGAUCCACCCACCCCCAUUGCCAUACGCUGUUGUUUCUUGGUCCGCAGUCUUUGUCAGGGCACAUGGGGCCCUGCUGCUGUUACUGAGUUGGCUGCCUGGGCCUGUUGUAUCCACCAGGAAUGGUUACAAACCCAUUUUGUUUCUCAAUUUCAGAUCACCCCUAAGCCUAGCGGGUCCCCUGAGGUGAGUAUUGCUACUUCUUCCUUGUGCUGACAGGGUUGUCACUUCCACAGUUAACAAAGGCAGCCAUGCAAUCAGAUCUUGGGUGCAGAUACAAUUAUCACAUUUAGUGCUGGGAUUCAUCCUGGGGGUUACUAUUAAAAGGGUCUGCCCUGGAGUCUUUAUGUCAGGGUGGAUUUGAUUUAAAUCAGAUUGAUUUAAAUCACUAGUCAAUAAGACUUGAUUUAAAUCUCUCUUUUUUUUUUAAGACUUAUUCUUGCUGGCAUAAUCUUAAUAUUUACAACCAGAUCAAGGUUUCAUUUUUGGAAUAAUAAAUUUUCAGAGUAGCUUUUACAGUUAAAUCAAAAAUUUGGUUAUACUAUUAGAAAUACAUAGGCAGAUAAUUAUGAAAUUAUUGUGAGGUUUAAUAAAUUAACUGUUUACAUUUGGACAACUUUUCUGCUGUACUUUAUUGGAAGGAGAAAAAUUAUCAUUUCCUUAAUAGCAAUUUAAACAAUUUAUUUAAUUAAAGCAAUAACAUUAUAGCAUAUGUAUCCAUUUUGUUAACUGAUGUGGUUAAACUUUAAAUUAAAAAAAAACCUUAGACUGAUUUUUAGCACACAUGAAAAACUUAAAACAAAUACUUAUUUCCUGCUAAGUAGCCUCAAAGAAAUCCAUUUCUUAAUUAUUUUAAAUCAUUGAUUUUUAUCCACCCUGGUCUAUGUAGAUCAGGCUUCCUCAACCUUGGCCCUCCAGAUGUUUUGAGACUACGAUUCCCAUCAUCCCUGACCACUGGUCCUGCUAGCUAGGGAUUGUGGGAGUUGUAGGCCAAAAAAUAUCUGGAGGGCCGAGGUUGAGGAAGCCUGAUGUAGAUGGUGUCCCAAACUGAAACAAGUGUAGAGUUGACAUGACUGGUACAUUAAUCUUCAUAUUACAUUCAACAGAAGCUCAAGUGCUCUUUCCAUUUCCAGCUGACCUUUUCCUCCCUGUCUUCCUUCCACAGCCGUUCUCCCAGGCAUGAGAAGAAGAAGAAGGUUCGCAAGUACUGGGAUGUCCCGCCCCCAGGCUUUGAACACAUCACUCCCAUGCAGUAUAAAGCCAUGCAAGGUGGGUCUGCUUCCGCUUCAGUCACCUUGCCUUAAUGUAUUGUAAAAUAGUGUUAUAUGUUGCAGCUACUUGUGCAUGUUCCUCUACCACGCAAAUUAAUGGAAAUACAAACUUGUGUUGACCUUUGGAGGUUCUUAUUUUCCUUCUGAAAUGUUCUCCCAAUUUCAAGCAUGCAUCUCCAUUCCUGAAGAAAUCAAAUUGAAGUCAGGUAUUUUCCCUUGGUGGAUGAAGAACUCUGGAUCAAUUUUUCUCACUACACAGCUAGGCAAAUAAGUGGGCUUCACUUGGUUCUCUUUUUGAUUUUACAUUUAAAAUAUAUGUCUGCUUUAACUGGGAACAAGUUUCUUAAUUUUGCCAUAUGAAUGUUAAAAACUGCCAACACAUUUAUCUACUAUCUGAAUCUGGAUCUCUUUUUCUCUCCUUGAUUCUGGUACUUGAGGUUGGUGUUCUGCUAGUACACUUAAACAGACAUAUUCCUACAACUGUGAGUGCUAAAAACCUUAAAUUGGGAUUAUCGGCCAAUUAUAAGAAAAAAUUCCUUUGUGCUUGGAAGCUGCUUAAAGAUUGCAUAUUGUCUUACCUGUUUUUUGAAAAUGAUACUUUGUCCUUCCAGAAAUAGAGAAGUAACUUGUUAGACUUUUUGUGAUUUCAGAAAAUUGUUUACUUGCUCAUCUCACCUCUCCCCACCCCACUUAAUGGCGUGUCAUUUGUUUAUUAUCAUAUAAACCACUUAGAAGUCACUUGGGAUAAAAUGUGGUAUAUAAGCAAUAUUCAUAAUUUACUUGUGCCAGUUCCUUUAAAAAGUGAAUGCUGUGUAGUUUUGUUAUCAGUCUCUCCAAAUGAGGAGUGAUAUGCCUUGUGAUAUUUCCAGAUGAGAAUCUUCAAUUUGUAACAGCUAGUCUUGUUUUCCCCCUUACCUAGCUGCUGGGCAAAUUCCAGCUACAGCCCUCCUGCCAACGAUGACCCCUGAUGGACUGGCGGUGACCCCCACUCCUGUGCCAGUAGUAGGCAGCCAGAUGACACGGCAAGCCCGGCGUCUCUAUGUGGGAAAUAUCCCCUUUGGAAUCACUGAGGUACUUGCUUGUUCCCUCAGAUGUGCUCUCUGAACCCAUUGGUGUAUUUUCUCUCUUGGGUUAGGGGUGUUGAAAGGAAGAUGCUUCGCUGAGAAAUUUGGGGGAAUAAGUUCAUAGUGAAAACACGAGCCAGGUGAGGCUGAAUUCAGCAUUCAGAUCUCUUUGUCCUGCUAACAGGACUCCAAAAUGGUGUCAGGACAAUGCAGCAGGUGCCAGAAUUAUGUUGGAUUGUGACAGCCCUGUGCUCCUGGCUUCAUCUUUCUUUAAUCACCUAGUUCUUAAAUAUUCCUUUCUGAGAGAUCAUGUUUUAGACCAGGUCUUUUGAAAUGCAAGAGUUAACUGCAAUGCUCUUCUCUUUUGGAAAUAGAGUAAAUUACAAAUUCUUCAGUCCUUAGCAAUGGGGGGUGGGGAAGGUGCUGUAGGAAAGAAGUUUCAUGUUUUCUCUCACGUUCAAAAUGGUAGGGAGUUGAGGUUGGUAAUCUGGCUGCAGAGGCUUAUAAUUGCUGUUCUAUUUUUGAUGGCCACAUUCUCUUCCCCCAAGUACAUUAGUUCCUUCUUUCACAUUUCUUUCAGGGUUUACCAAGUGUUCAGGUGGGAACGAAUUGUUCCAAUGGCAAAUUACUGUGGAUUGGGAUAUUUGCUUUCUGUAGUACCAAGCAAGGUGACUUGCUUGAGCCUUUGCAGUGUUUUUACUAAGCUGGAACUUAAGAGUUAGAACUAUGCAGAAUUCCAGCAUUGCUUCCAGUCCUCCUUUUUCACUGUCCAAAUCUGUCAAGGGACAUUACUGUGUGACACAGAUGAAGGAAUUUUAUUUCCAAAGGGGCUAUACAUAAUCUGCCAUAACUUUUGAGCUGAACCAACUGUAAUCCCUUUCCAGAGCUCUUAAUUCAUAUCCUCCUUCUGCAUACAUGGUAUGCCUCUGGCAGAGAAGACCAAAUAUCUGGAACAGAGGUGGAUUCAGAGUAAAGAAAAACAGCUAUUUGGGUGGAAAUGGGAAAUAAUAAUAUUUGGGCUGUAAUCCUAUACAUACUUGGAAUAAGUCCCACUGAAUUUAGUGGUGCCUCUGUCUGGGUAGACUGGUAUAGAAGUGCACUGUUAGUGCCUAAAUGACCAGGGCAUUAAAUAUGGGUGGUCAUUAUUUGAAUAUCUCUACCAAAAAAAAAAGACCAAAGAGUUGUUUCCAUUUCUUUUUAAAGUGGAUAAUGUGUGGGACUGCAAUCCCCCCGUAGCCCCAAAGUUUGCUACCAUCGCAGCAGGCAAGUAGGCAGUUUUGCUUUGUAAUCCAUUUGUGAUCCUGAAGGCCUUUCUAGUGUGUGACAUAAAACCUCCCCUUUUCCAUUCUCUCCGUGACCCUCAACAGGAGGCUAUGAUGGAUUUCUUCAAUGCUCAGAUGCGCCUUGGUGGCCUUACCCAGGCUCCUGGGAACCCUGUCUUGGCAGUGCAGAUAAACCAGGACAAGAACUUUGCAUUUUUGGAGGUGAGUUGAGGCAUGUACAUGCAUUGAGGCAAGUGUAAGAGGGCACUUCAGAUGGGUGUGAUUCCAACAUGCAGAAUAUGACAAGUUUAGAAUUUCACAUAAUCUGUUGGCGGGAGAGGUCAGGAGAGAGUUUGGCUAGGCUUUUCUGGAUGCAGGAGAUUCUGAGCAAUGCCUUGCUUAUUUAUAUAGAUAACAUGAUUUUUGUUGUGGAAUUUGCUCUAGAAUGUGGGACACACUUGGUGGAAAUUCCAUUCAUUGUAUACAUGCAGAGUAUAUAUGACUUAGAUAACAACUUGAUUCUAUCACUUCCACAGUUUGUGUACUGACUGUUUAACCCCUUUCAUCGCAAGGGUGGAAUUCUUCCCUUAAGAACCCCCGAGCCAGCAUUUUUCAUUAUCUGGCCCUUGAGUGCAGGCAUCUAAUCACACCCCCCAAUAGGCCAUACCACACAUCCUUAACCUUUCACCUUCUCAGUUUCUGUUUGUUUGUUUUUGCUACUGCAGUUUCGCUCUGUGGAUGAAACUACCCAAGCUAUGGCUUUUGAUGGGAUCAUUUUCCAGGGACAGUCGCUGAAGAUCAGACGCCCACAUGAUUACCAACCGCUCCCUGGCAUGUCUGAAAACCCUUCAGUCUAUGUGCCAGGUGAGUAUACUAGAUGCACCCUGUUAACUAAGGAAGACCAAAGGGGAUGGGCAGAGUUUUAUGUGAUUUACUGGAUGAGACCCCACAUAGUCUUCCCAUAUGCAUUUGAUCUGAAAAUGUGACUGACACAAAACCCUUUCAACAGACCAUGUUAACCCUUUCCCCACAGGAGUGGUGUCCACAGUGGUUCCAGACUCUGCUCAUAAGCUGUUCAUUGGGGGUCUGCCAAACUAUCUUAAUGAUGACCAGGUGAGAAGCGGUUUCUUUCCUUCUCGCCCCCUUCCUCCUUUCCAUUUAAGUGUCUUCAUUUUAUGGAGAGCCACUCUCCUUAGCUUAGCACAGUGCUUAAAACACCUGUGUGGGUGGCAUGCAAGCAUGAUUGUAUGCACGCACCCAAAUGAAGCCCUUUGUUUUUCCCUUGUCCUCUGCCUCUCAGGUCAAGGAGUUGCUCACUUCUUUUGGACCCCUGAAGGCUUUCAAUUUGGUGAAGGACAGUGCCACUGGCCUGUCGAAAGGUUAUGCCUUCUGUGAAUAUGUGGACAUCAACGUCACAGACCAGGUAGGGCCAGCCUCUCUUCGUGGUACUCUCUUUUUAUUUUUGUUCCGCAGCAGCUCGCCGACCUGCCCGUGGGAUAAGGGGGGUUCUUUAUCCUUUGAGCAGGUGGGGUGUUUUUUUCUCUCCUCCCCUCUAGGGGGUGCCAGCUUUUCUCUCCUUACAGCACAGCUGCUGACUUAGCGGCAGACACCAUCGAGUUAGUGUUCUGAUCACUUCUGCUUUUUGUUCCCCCCAAAAAAACAACAACUCUCCCCGAAUGUUAGUCGGAGAAGGCUUCGGCCUUUUUGCGAAGACCCCGGCCGCCGUGCCCGACCGAGAGCCGGUAAGAAGCCCUCCCCUCACCAGCCAGGGAAGAGCCGGGUCCGUAGCACAUUUCACCUGUCCCACCCCCCAACCCCAACCCCAAGUGAAUUCUCCAUCCUGCACUCUUAAUAACUUGAGUUUCCUUUCUCUCGCUGUGCUUAGUGUUACAGCGGGAGGGGGUGGAACAGGCCCUUAACCUGCAGACAUGCUCUGCUUGCUAACUCCAGCAGGAGUUGUUAAAUGCAAGUUUUGGCAUGUGUAAUUAUAAACCAAAGGAAAAGCACCCCGGUUUUCCCCUUGCCCCUGUUGGAGAGGGGGGGACCUGUGGUGGAGAGGAAACACCCCACAAAUCCCUAUAGGGUUCGGAGAGUGUCGGUGGUAACUUUGCAUGCUGAGCGUAAGCUCUCAUUUCUGGGUUGCUCUCAUAAGGGUUAUGCAUGUGGUUUUCUUUCAUAAUUGAGUGCCUCUGUUAGUGUGUAUGGAUAUGUGUGUCUAUAUAUACUUCCCACGCCUGCUUCCCGUCCCGUGCAUUCUUUCUUCCCAUAUGUUACUUGGGAAAUGUGUGUUUUCCCCAUGCUCUUCUGGUCUCUCUGCAUUCAGGAGAAAGCUGUGAGUUUUUAGCAAGAGCUAAAAUCUUGGUUCAGACAUUCAGAAUUAGAUGGUGCUCCUUUGAAAAAAAGAAUUCUCAGAUACUUAGAAAGGCAUCAGAAGCAGAGGAGAGUUUGCAGUGUUCGCUGAGAGUAGGGUGACUAGCAGCUUAUUUAAACUGUAGGAAGGUAGAUCUUGGUUAGAUGCUAUUGGGAUAAAUGUCUUGUGAAUGAGACUCAACAAGGAAUCUGGGGUGAUUGCUUUCAGGCCCUUUUUAUGACUUUGGGAUGUUGUCUGGGGUCUGGAUACACUAAUUUAAUCCCCCUUUCCUCUUACUGUACUCUCAGUGUUAUCCCUUCCCCAUUGUGUACUGUCUGUGAGUGUGGUCUCCAUGUGUGAGGCCCAGGGCAAUUGCCUCAUCAAUUAAUUAAUUAAAUUUCUAUACUGCCCUACAUCUGAGGAUCACAGGCAGUUUAUAGAGCCUGGCCUCAGGACAAUGUGUUUGAUUAAAUGGCUUCCUCAAAGUACAAUUCUGUUUUCAGUGUUCUGUGUACUUGGACUCUCAACUACCAAAUUCAGUUUUUAGCCUAGAACAAAGCAUCCUAAAUAAGCUUGGCUUUUAAAAAAAGCCAAGUUCUCUUGCAGUUAUGAAGAGAAGCUUGAAAUGGCUAGCAGGAGAGAGAGUAGCUGAGUACAGCCUGCUGUGGUCAAGAAUGGAGAUUUCAAGGUGACUUAGAAAACACUUCUAAGUUUCUGUACUUUGCUAAGGUAUCUAGGAGAUGUAUGAAUUAGCUUUAAGUGAUGCUGACAGCACAGUCCAGUGAUUGUUAACGUAACUCUGUUGAAGAGAGUGAGAUUUCUUACUCCCCAAUCGUGCUUGAAGAUUGCAUCCCGAAAGUGCUGAUCUAGGAGUAACUGCUACCAUACGGUUCUCUGAGGCAAGGGAAAGUUAAUAUACCCAAUGCUCUUGGGAGUUAAAAGUAUACCCAUUCCCUGGCAAGAAGAAGUUAUUCAUGAUGAAUGGCAGUCUGCAGCAAGGUGACAUGUUAUCAGUCCAUAAUGUUGUAUACAAAAGUGAGGGUUUGGCAAGAAAUAGCAUUACUGAAGACUAUCCUGAAGUUAACUUUUAAUUGGUUCACCUAAAGGUUCCCUCCCCUCAUUUAUUAAAAAUCAGUGUUUUGGGGUGCAAGAAGAAACAUUACAUAGAAUCUGGCAAACAAAAUAUUUAGAGUAACAGGAUCUGGAGUGUGAUAGAGAACCCACAAAUCCAGUGCUACGCUUAAGUAUCUCCGGAAUUCAAAAAGAUCUCAGCUCUCUUAAAGUGCUUAAUGAUUCAGUUCACAGUGCACUCAGUAUGACCUUGCUUUAGUUGCACAACUAUUCUGAGAGUUGGCGGCCUACACUCACUCCCCUGGGAUAGGGCUUGAACUCUGCUGUUCUGCAUCCAAACUAAGAAUGUCAGCUGUGUCAGUUUGUCUCCUGGUGCCAUUUGCUCAGGCUUGUAAUUUAGACCCGUUUUACAGAUGGGAUGCUGACAAAACUGGAUGUUCUGAGCCCCAGCAGGUCCAGAGUUUCCAACUUCACAGAAAUGUAAUGUAUCUGUUGAGAGCUGUGAAAGUCAAGGUCUUGGGUGGCAUACGGCAUUGUCGGGGAGGGCAAUGUAGGUUUAGGUCAUCUGAGUAAGGAAGUUGAAGAACAGGGGUGGGUGGAUGCCAGUAAGUUACUUUGCAGGACACUGGUGUCCUGCUAUUUUUGGUACUGGAUACUGUCUAGUUGCUGCUCUGGCUGCUGAUAACUUCCCACACACUCUAGAAGAGAGAGUUAAUUGUGAGAUUCUGCAGAUGUUUGACCCUUACGUAUGUUUGAAAGUUGCACAAUGCUUAGUAAUAAGUCUCUGAUCAUGACUUGCCAGGCAAACUCAUGAGUCACAACCAAGGUGGGACUCGAUUUGAAUCCUAUUUACAAAGACAAGACCACUGCUUCAUCCACUGGAUUGUACCAAGCAGAAGCAGGUAGGAGUGUGCCUUAAAGCCUGGACUCCUCCGUUAGCUUGCCAUGUUUUCCUGUAUGUCUGAGGCAGAUGGCUCUCUGUGGCCCCCAUGAAUGGAAAAGGGGUUGCUCAAACUUGUACAUUCGCAUAUGAGACUAGACUGGAAAGUAAACAUUUCCUUGGUGUGAACCCUGGUAGUUAGGCCCCUGUUGGAGCUGGCUUAGUGAGGGGAUGUGCAAUUUAGAAGUAUGUCAGCAACUACAGAGCAAUGGAAUUCACAUUCUGGAAAAAGAACAGUCUGUCUAUGCUAAUGACAUUUAGCUGAAGCUGAAACCUCACCUCUGCACUUUCUCCUUCAUGCAGACAGUCCUUUAACCCCUUCCAACAUUAUGGUCUUUUUUUUUAACCUUGGUUCUAUGCCCAUUUUGGGUCCCGGCAGGUAACUGAGCUAAAUACGGUAUUAAUGCCAUGGCAGUGCAGUUCAGGUAGGAGUCUGGUUGGGGGGCAAGGAAGAAGCCACCUUUGUGUGCGUGACUGUGUUGAUGUUUUAGAGGUGGGGCCAGAGGGUGGAUGGGUAUGUGGCUGGUGGCCUUGGAGGCACAAGAUUUGAAGUGUCUGGAUUCACUUUUUUCUGCCCUCACAGGCCAUCGCGGGCUUGAAUGGCAUGCAGCUGGGCGACAAGAAACUGUUGGUGCAGAGAGCCAGUGUCGGAGCCAAGAAUGCUACUCUGGUGAGGAAGGAACGGAACUGCUGGGUGGUGGGAAGAGAGGGAGGAUAGGACUGGUGCUGUAAAAGAGUAAGGUUUCUUGCAUAUAUUUGUGUGGGGAGGGGGUUCAGGAAGGUGCCAAGCGGUUCAAGAAGAGUAGGUUUUAUCAGUGGCUAGAGUAUGAGAAGACUGUUGCCUUUUUGUUCUGCUUGUGAGCUUCCCAGAAGCAUCUGAUUGGCCACUGAGAAGCAGGAUGCUCCUUUGGUCAGAUGAUCAAGGCUCUUUCUUUCACUGUCUUUUUUGUAAGGGCCAAUCUCUCUAGAGCAGAGACAUGAUUUCUCAAUUUGGAAUUCAGGGAGCUUCCCUAUGUCACUAAAACGUAUGUUCAGAUCUCCCUCUGUGUAUGUAACCAGGGCAAAAUACUCUUUUAAUCUGUCAGGGCCCAGUUCUGUCCUCACUGUGGUAUCCAAUAGAUCUGGCUCUGUGGUGUGUGGCCGCAGUACAUGUGAAGGACCCCUGGUAAAAUGUAAAAAUGUCAUUAAAAAAAGAGGGUUGGUGACUUUCUGCAUUGAUAAUGACACACAACCACCUGCAUUAGUUUAAGAGAAUGUGGGAUGGCACUCUUGUCAACUGAUGUACUUGAGUUAUAUAUCGGAGGAAGAGUUUGUUUGCCUGAGAGGCAGGGCUUUAGAACCAGAGAGAAAGUUCCCAAGAACCACAUGCCAAAAUCUUCAUAUAGGUGAUAAUACAAAGGAUGACUUCAGCUGCCACCCCUUCCUUUUAUGCCAAUCCAUAGAAACUGAGCUGUCCCCUGUGCUCGUAAGAGGCAGAAUUUCUGGGUUUAGUGGAAGGGAAAAAAUGCCAGGGCUCCGAGGCUAGGUCUUUGUGUAGAAUUGUUCCAUGGGAGGAUGGGGUUUUGGCAGCAGUGGCAUGGUACUCAUUUCUGUUUCUUUCCUCUUCCCCACAGAGCACAAUAAACCAAACCCCAGUGACCCUGCAGGUACCGGGCCUGAUGAGCUCGCAGGUGCAGAUGGGAGGUCACCCCACGGAGGUGCUGUGCCUCAUGAAUAUGGUGCUGCCCGAGGAGCUGCUGGAUGACGAGGAGUAUGAGGAGAUCGUUGAGGAUGUGCGCGAUGAGUGCAGCAAGUAUGGUGUUGUCAAGUCCAUUGAGAUUCCCCGGCCUGUUGAUGGCGUUGAGGUGCCUGGCUGUGGCAAGGUACUUGGCAGUUGCUUAUAUUCAUUCUCUCUCUCUCUCUCUCUCUCUCUCUCUCUCUCUCUUUCGGUGGGUGGGUGUGAUGGGUUAGAACAGCAAAGUGGAUAGGAACAAAGGAAGCAGCAGUCAUGUCAGAUAAAAUGCUGCUGUUGCUAAACAUUGACUUAGCACUAGGUAGAAAGGGGAGGGCAAAGUACUGGUUGGAUUGCUGAAGUAACAUGAUUUGCCCCUAGAAAGCUCAAACUCUAGCAGAAAGACAUACUUUUACAAAGGCAUGUCAAGAUUGUAUCACAGCAAUGCAAGUUGGCAGUUAACAAAAAAAGGGGUUGUGGGUACCAAGUACUGCAACCCUGACUCCUGCCACUGCUGAUCCUUCUGGUAUUCCCUCUCCAAAGCAGGAUUUAAGAGGCAGUGGGUUGCAAAGUACUUUUGUUGGACUUAGGAGCCAGAACUCUUGGAGAGGUGGAAAAGCUUGAAAUCUAGUUUGAUGCCUUAAGUCCCUGUUAAAAUCUUAUUGCCACAUUAUUGUUCUGUGGUACUACACUGAUUUAAAAACAAUCAGUGCAAAUACCUUAUUACUUUGAGAACUAUAAAGCUACGGUCAGUUUGUCAGAGAAUGGGUUGAGUUGUUUCAGCAUAAUUAGCCAACAAAAUCACAGACAAGAAGCAUUCCUUGAAGGUUAGGUGCGUUGUGACAGCAGAGCUGAUGGCUCAGAUACCUUCUUCAUGCAUGCCCACUCUUGUAAAAUAAUAAUAAUAAUAAUAAUAAUAAUAAUAAUAAUAAUAAAAAAUCAUAAUUUAUUUAUACCCCACCCAUCUGGCUGGCUUUGCAGCAGGGCUCUGGAUCCAGAUCUUACUCCUCCAGUUGCCCAUCCCCACAGCUGCCUAUGGACGCAGUUUUAAAUGGGGUAGGUAUACUAUUAAUUUUUCUUCCUUUCCCCCCCAAUCCUCCUUCUAGAUCUUCGUGGAGUUCACAUCUGUCUUCGACUGUCAGAAGGCCAUGCAAGGCCUGACUGGGCGCAAGUUUGCGAAUCGGGUCGUGGUGACCAAGUAUUGCGACCCCGACUCCUAUCAUCGCCGAGACUUCUGGUAGCCCAACCCUGAGCCAGGCAUGGGGGUGGGGUGUUUUAAGGAGGCAGGGGCAGCUCGCUGGCCGGAGAGGCUCCUUUAGCAACAUAGCCUGUUUAUAUUUUAUGGCCAAAAUCUCCUGUAUUUUUUUUUCUUCCAAUUGUCCCAAUCCCUUCCUUUUCUAUCCCUGCCACCAGCUCCCUCGGCCCACCCCACCCCCUCGGUUUCCCAGUGAUGGUUACUCUGUAGUAGAAACGUUGUCUAUUUUUCCCCAUAUCCCCAUCCCACUGUGAUGUUUCUGAUUUUUUCCUAAGAGGAGUUUUGCUCUAAAACAAGAUGGGCCCGUUUUGUUGUAUUUUCCUUUCCUCUGCGCUGUGUGUAUGGACGACUAUUUCUCUAGCAUUGUCUCUCAUAAUUAAACAUUUUUUCCAAUUCCCUGGU